UUCUUGCAUUUGAUUUUAUCUACUGGUUUAUGUAAAAUAAAUCCUGCCUGUUUUGAGUCUACCGGAAUUUAAAACCUGAGUUUUUUCCACCCAUCCCCUUCUAUUGGCCUAUCUGGUGUGUCAGAGCCAGUGUUAAGGUUUUUGAAGCUCUCUCUCCUACACCCCUCCUCCAACCAAAGCGUUGAAACAGAGAACUUUGCUCUCAGAGUCCUUGCUGAAAUAUCGGUACACUCUUUGGACACAACAUUUUGGUUUCAUCAUGAUUUCCUGUCACUUCAGUGUUUUGCUUUGCCUUCUUUUGCUUGCAUCUCUCAUUACAAGCACUUCAGUUUUCAUAAGGCACAAGGAAGCCAGCAACAUCUUACAAAGAGCUAGGAGAGCCAAUUAUUUCUUAGAGGAGCUUAAAACAGGAUCACUUGAGCGGGAAUGCAUGGAAGAAAAAUGUUCGUGGGAGGAAGCAAGAGAAAUCUUCCAAGAUGAUUUGAGGACUAAAGAAUUCUGGGCAAUCUAUACAGAUCCUGAUCAGUGUGAGUCCAACCCUUGCCAGAAUGCUGGGACCUGUGUUGACGAGUAUCAAGACUACAUUUGCAUUUGUCCUCCAGAACAUGAAGGCAGAAAUUGUGAAAUAGGACCAGAAAGCAAGCUGAAAUGCUUCUUUAAAAAUGGCAAUUGUGAGCAGUUUUGUGUAGAUUCCCCAACCACAUUAAGACAAUGCUUUUGUGCAGAUGGAUACAGGCUAGGAAGUGAUCAAGUGUCCUGCAUUGCAGAAGUUGAUUAUCCCUGUGGGAAAAUACCUCUUCUGGCAAAAAGGCCAAAUCCACAAGGAAGAAUCAUAGGUGGUUAUGACUGUCCUCCAGGCGAAUGUCCAUGGCAAGCUCUCAUAACAGAAUAUGGAAAUGAAAAAUGUGGAGGUGUUCUGGUUGCUCCAUCCUGGGUCAUUUCAGCAGCUCACUGCUUUCAUGAUGUCCUCCGACAAAAUCUCAGGAUAAGACUUGGUGAAUACCAUAUCAACCAUAGAGAUGAAGGCGAACAAGAAAGAACAGUGGAUGAAUUAAUAAUCCAUGAAAAGUAUUCUCGGAAAACCAUUGACAAUGACAUUGCUUUGCUAAGAUUAUCAGCCCCAGUCAACUUCUCUGAGUAUGUGGUGCCCAUCUGCUUGCCACCUCCUCGAUUUGCAGCAGACAUAUUGAACUACGUUGAAUACUCCACAGUGAGUGGGUGGGGGCGUCUUUUGGAAGGCGGAGCUACUUCAGCACUUCUUAUGCGAGUGGAAGUCCCCAAAAUACACAAAAAGGAAUGUGUUUGGCACACUAACUUCAAUAUUACAAAUAACAUGUUCUGUGCAGGUUAUCUCGAUGGGAGUAAAGAUUCUUGUGAAGGUGACAGUGGUGGACCUCAUGUCACUGAAUACAAAAAUACUUGGUAUCUAACGGGAAUUGUGAGCUGGGGUAAAGGGUGUGCUGCAAUAGGAACAUAUGGAGUUUAUACAAAAGUUAUGAAAUACUAUCAGUGGCUAAAUAAUCGUAUGGAUUCCUAAUACAUUUUGCUUCCAAAUUGCCCUUUCAUUGUCCAAAUCCAUAAUAUUUAAUAUUUGAAUUUAGCUUAAAAAUAGCCUAUAUAUUUUAAAUUAGAUUCUACAUUUUAAAUCUGUAAUAAAACUUCAAUUAAUUGCCAUUAAAUAAUUUGAAUGCUACAAACUUUCACAAUA